AUGCCGGCUGGAGAGAGAGAGAGAGAGAGAGAGAGCAAGACAGAGAGACAUAGAGGGAGAGGGCGAGAAAGAGAUUCUCACACUGGCUGUGUCCUAAUCCGAGUCCAUCUCCAAGAAGCAGCGGAGCAGAGUGUUGCUGAAGUAAGUCUGAGAGCCAGGGAGAGCUACAUCAGCUAGCUCCACUCACACACACACACUCUCUCUCUCUCUCUCCAUCUCCGUCUCUGCCUCUCUCUCUUUCACACACUCUUUUUUUUUUGCAAACGGGGAGUCCACGCGAUGUGUCCGGCUGCACGGCCACAGCUUUUGUGAAAGUGAGGGGACUGACGCUGCCCCCCAGUCCCGGCCCCCCCACCCCACUCCCCCUGUUUUGGCUCACACACACAGUGUUUGUUUGCUGUGUUUAAGCCCGGGGUGCUGCUGCUGCUGCUGCUGCUGCUGCUGGUGGAGGUGGUGGUGGUGGUGGUGGUGGUGUUGUAUUGGUAUUGGUGGUGGGGAGGGGGCACUGCCAGGGCAGAGCAGGGGCUCCAGAGAAGGAGAAGAAGAAGAAGAGGAAGAGGAGGAGAAGAAGAGGAAGAGGAGGGGGGGAAGAAGAGAGAGACAAAGUGGAUCAGAUCAACAGCAGCAGACUGA